AUGAAAAUGUUUCCUCUGCUCAUGCUCGGAACUCACUUUUUCACUCAAACUUCAGCAUGCGGUAGCCACUACAACUAUCCUUUCCAAAUUCCACCUUCUCAUCACAUCCGCCGCACCGAGCCCGCAGCCCUCUCCAACUUCGCCAUCGAGGAUGUCCGCGUCUUCAACGGCACACACAUGACACCUCCUCAAACCGUCCUCGUAUCCAACGAACACAUCGUCUCUAUAUCCCAUAUCACCUCAACUUAUCUCCCUGACACCACCAAAACCAUCAACGGCACCAGCCGCUUCAUCAUCCCAGGCCUUAUAGAAAGCCACGUCCACCUCAACACCGUCCAAGACCUUGAAACCAUAACCUCCUACGGCGUCACAACAACAGUAACUUUUUGA